CAUUCUUUGCAGAGUGCCCGGAGUAUUUUCUCGGCGCUCCGCUCUCUCUUCCUUGUCAAAUCAUUCACUGAAGAUGGUACUCCGAGCCUGUGGCUUUAUCAUAUUUCGUCGUCUAGUCGGCCGCAUCCCUCCUCCAGGCAACAUCGAGUAUCUCCUUCUGCAGACAUCUUAUGGGGAACACCACUGGACGCCACCGAAAGGUCAUGUGGACCCAGGUGAGGAUGACCUCACCACAGCACUGAGAGAGACCAAGGAGGAGGCGGGGCUUAGGGCAGAGCACCUGAAAGUGAUAAAAGGCUUUGUUCAGGAGUUGCACUAUGAGGUGCGUGGCAAACCCAAAGAGGUGCUGUACUGGUUGGCUGAGCUGAAGGACCCAGGGACUGCUGUGACUUUGUCUGAUGAGCACCAGGAUUACCGCUGGGCCCAGCUAGAGGAAGCCUGCACUCUGGCCCGGUACAAAGACCUGCAGGACACACUGAGAGCAGCACACAGACACCUAGAGGCAUGUCAGGACAAACAAUGAUGUGCCACACAGGAGAAGAUCAUAAAUGGGAAGUAACUUCCUGCUGGUAUGUGGGAUCGUACCAUUUUCUGGAAGAGCAUCUGUUUUGAAAGCACUGCUCCUAAUUCCUUUAACUGAAUGAGUCUGACUUUCCCUGCCUUGUCUUUCUUUAAAUACUUUCCAGAACCUUAUGUAAGAGAAAGACUCCCUUAAGUCACAAAAAAUCAGAGAGAAAAUAAAAUCAACAGGAUUAAAUGCACAAAUGAUGCGUUUAUGAUUGUAAAUAAGCUGUAUUGCAGGUUUGUGCAUUACAGCUGUUUUUUUUGGUCAUUUUUUUUCGGUCUGUCUCCAGUUUGAAUUAAAUUUAGACCAACACGAA